AUGUGCAUCGGUAAUGCUUGGAAUGCUUAUCUCGAUGUCGCAUAUGCUUUGUCGAUUCAGCUCGCGGAUAGGAGAAAACAAGAUAAAGACUAUGUCAUUGUGUAUCUAGCAAGGCCAGAGGGAACACAAACCUUUUCCACGCAACUAUUCAAACACCAACAAAGAAUUGUCCUGGAGUGCUCUCUUGAGGAAAAUGGUCCUCAUCAUCUUACGGGCGAGUGUUCCAAAGGUAAUGGCAUGUUCUGCGGAAUGGCACCAAUCGGUUGCACAUCUCGAAUAUCCUCAGCUUCAGCUCCAGCUUCAAGAGUAUCCAAUCGCUCAGGUCGUGCUACCGUCACCAUCGUCGCUCAUGCUCUCAGCGUUCUCUUCAUCACUCGAACGGCCACCAUCGGUGAUGGUCCUCGGUUCGUCAUCGCUCUUUGCAUCCUCUUUAUCUGUGUCUCCUUUUUGGUCAUCUGGAAUUCACUCAACCCAGACUCAUUCAGAGAAGGAGGCGGUAUGGCUCGCAGCGUUGAUGAGAGUAAUGACACUUGCCGCUACGCCUUUGGCUUCCGUUACUAUCAAUAG